AUGGGGUUCAGAUAUGUUGUCGAACACCUGGAAGAGGAUGAAGAGACAUCCAAAGCCAUACCGAAGUGGGUAGAAUUGGAAUACAUGCACAUGCGGUCACUCGCAGGGCCCGGCGCGCAUGUGCACUUCACGCACCUGUCCAAGUCAUCUUGUCAAACUCUCACUACUCUAUUUUCCGCCGAUACCGGCAGUCGACUCGCUGGGGCCUCAGUACACUCAGAACCGAUUCUAGAUCUGAUGCAACACUUGUCGAUACCGAUGGAGAAGGUGUGCUUGCUCGACCCGAAGGCAGGAAAAGAGAUCUCUCCUGAGGACGGAGACGGUCGUUUCGAGUGCUUCCUUUUCGGGGUACGUGAUGACCCACCGCGCGAUCGAACGUCCGAACUUCGGGUCCUGGGUUUCCCUACGCGGCACCUUGGGCCUAUCCAGAUGACAACGGAUACAGCUCUUGGAGUUGCAAAACUGGUCGUACAGGACAAGAUUCCAUUGUCUGAGAUCCCUUACAUCGACCACCCGACGAUUGUGUUCAAUCCAAAGGAAAGCGUGGAGAUGCCGUUUCGGUACAUCGCGGAGAACGGCGAACCAAAACUCCCACCCGGGAUGCGCGAGCAUCUACACGAAGAUCUCAACAAAAGCUUCGAUUUCUGA